UCCUCCUCAACCUCCGAGAUGGUCUUCACAUAUUAAUUGCGGCUCAUUUAUGUUAGAUUAGCUCACUAAUGUAAGCAGAGGAGGCUUGUCGCGGUUGUGUUUGUUUCAUCCCGCUAUGCCACUUGCACCAAAGCUCUCUGCUAGUUGUGCCAAGCUGCAGACCAAACGGAGCACCUGGACCCCUCUGAACCAUCCACUGGCCAACAGCAAGGUGUUCGAGGAGAGACGCAGCCUUCUGGCUAAGUGGUUUGCCAGGUGGUCUGACAGUCAGAGGAAGGCAGUGCUGCAGGACUUUGUGCUGAACUGCUCUGUGGAACAGCUCCGGUUCCUGAGCCUCAGUGUGGCCAAACAGCUCCCCCUGCAGGCUGGGGACUUCACCUGCCUGCUGCCCAGAGCCCUCUGCCUCUACCUCUUCUCCUUCCUGGACCCACGCAGCCUCUGUCGAUGUGCUCAGGUGAGCUGGCAUUGGAGGAGCAUAGUGGAGCUGGACCAACUGUGGAUGCCCAAGUGUCUGAGGUUCGGCUGGUGCAUCAGCUUCUCCCCCUCACCAUUCGAGCAGGGCGUCUGGAAGAGACUCUACAUCCAGACUGUCCAGGAGCUGCGACUCAGCAUGCAGCAGACUCGGCUGCAGCUGAUGGUUCCAGAUGCUUCAGCGGUCAUUAGUGUACAUGACAAGCCACCAGAACCAACCUCCAUCAGCAAGGAGCAUCUAGCAUCUACUUCCCAGCCUCGUGGAGCCAGCUCUGGGUUUGAAUCUAAGAAGGAGAAGCGAGCAGCUGCUCCACCACCAUGGAGAGACUCAGACAGACGUCCAAAAGAUACAAUACGAUUCAACUAUCUGGACAACCUGGAUCCCAUCGAACAGGCGAUGAAAAUGCAAACAAGAAGCAGAAGCUCUACCUGCUGGAGCCGCACAUCCAAGAUGGACGAUAGCAAGAGGAAGCCAGCGUCUGAGGCCACGUACAAGCUGCGCAAAGUCAAGUCGCUGAUGUUCCUCAGCUCCAACUCCAAUGACAGAUCCCACUCUCCUCCUCCUUAUCAGCAUCAUCAUCCACAUCUUCAGGCCCAAUCUCGCCCCUCAUGGGCAUCUCACUUUCAGGGUUACCCCAUCACCAAGGAGACGGCAACGACCCUACUCGGCCAGGCCGGGUGGGAUGCUGGUGUCCGUCCGAGGCCAGUGAGGACAUCGGUGCCUCGGCUGAGUGCGGCAGCUCUCAGAGCAUCCCAACGCUCACUCAGGAGUGCUGCCAGUACUCCACUGUUCGAGGUUUGGAGCUGACUGCGCCCGCAUCAAGUGAGUUACACCGCCCCCACCAGGCAGAUGGCGGUACUACAGUGAACAUGUGGAGAAGACAGAAACACAAGCUGCUGUUUAACAUCGGCCAUGGA